AUGAGCAAGAUUGCGCAAGCUUCCAAGGUGGUGUGGCACGUGGUGGAUGCCAAGGGUCAAGUGCUGGGGCGUCUAGCGUCGCAGCUUGCACCCAUUCUACGUGGCAAGCACAAGCCUACGUACGCACCCAAUGUGGACUGUGGAGAUUAUGUGGUGGUGAUCAACGCCAAAGACAUUGUGCUCACGGGAAACAAGUGGAACAAUAAGUUAUAUCGCUGGCACACGGGCCAUCCAGGUGGUCUCAAGCAGCGUACGGCCAAGGAAUUGUUUGAGCGUAAGCCCGAGGAAGUUUUGCGGAAGGCCGUGUUUGGCAUGCUGCCUCGAAACCGCAUGCGUGCGUUGCAGAACAAGAAACUCAAGAUCUUUAUGAAUGAGACACACGACUUUGUCGAGGAGGUGGGGGAGAACCCCGUUAUUCUGUAA